AUGGAGUUCAACCUGCCAAUGAGUUCUUGGCUGGCGCUUCCAGACUCCACCAUCGAGUUCUGGCACGCAAACCGCACCGCCAUCAUCCUGUCCACUUUCACUGUUCUUGUCAUCCUGCGCGUGUAUUUGCAUGUCACGGAGGGCAACGAGCCUCUCCACGUUUUCCCCAAGAUCUACAACGAGAAGACGGUCCAAAAUGCGAUUCCUGCACGGCUUGAGGAAACGGUGGACGAGGCGAAAGGCAGCAAGCCUGCUGGUCCGCGCAGGAUAAAAGGAGAGCUGACCAAACGAAGGGAGACGCAAACACCUGGUUCAAGGCAGAUCAAGACUUUGGUCUUCUACUCGUCCGUGACAGGAAACACCGAGAAAAUCGCAAAGCAGUUCGUCGAGAACUUCUCCGGGCUGUUGCAAGGGGUACCAAGCGGCCCAAACUGCACUUUCGCUACCUCGGAAGCCCUUGACCUAGCGGAAGUCGACCUCGAUGAGUUUUUUAUCACACCCCCAAAGCCGAAUUCUGACGGAGAUGUCACUACGGAAUUAUUCUAUCUAUUCUUGUUGCCGAGUUACAACAUCGACACGAUCAACGACACAUUCCUGGAGCACCUGAAGGAGACACAUCACGAUUUCAGGAUAGAUACAGCACCCCUCUCAAAACUACUCGGGUACUCCGUUUUCGGUUUCGGCGAUAAGGAGAAUUGGCCUACGGAGGAGGAAGGAUAUUGUAUUCAGGCGAAAGAAGUUGACAAAUGGAUGGCCAAGUUGACAGGUCGCAAGCGGGCGUACCCCCUUGGCAUGGGUGAUAUCAAGCGCGACGGCACAGAAAGGUUGAGCGAGUGGACGAAUGGUCUCUCCGACAUCCUCGGCCAGCUGGCCCGGGAUGGGACUUUGGGUGAAGGCGUUGUUGGCUCGGGAGAUGCUGUAGAAAGCGACGACGAGGCCGAGCUGGACGAAGAUGACGGAGAGGUCGUGUUCGAAGAACAGGAGCAAGCGAAACCACGCAAACCGAAGGCUUCAGCAACAUUGGAUGAUCUGGAGGACCUCGGUCGGGUGUUGCAGAAUGCCAAGGAUGAAGGCAAUGCGAAACCAACCGCGCCACUGGCUGUUGACUUCACGACCGAAUCGAAGAAAAGGGCGCCGAUCCAGACCGUCAAGGAGAUGGUCCCGAAAGAAUCGCCAACUUUUAAAUCCCUGACAAAGCAGGGCUACUCGAUAGUAGGCUCACACUCAGGAGUCAAAAUCUGCCGCUGGACGAAAUCUGCCCUUCGCGGUCGAGGCUCUUGCUACAAGUUCUCUUUUUACGGCAUCAAAUCUCACCAGUGUAUGGAGACCACACCAUCGUUAUCGUGCUCCAACAAGUGCGUCUUUUGCUGGCGGCAUGGAACGAAUCCCGUUGGGACGACCUGGCGAUGGGUUGUUGACCCUCCGGACUUAAUUUUCAAAGGCGUCAAAGAGGGCCACUACAAGAAGAUCAAAAUGAUGCGUGGGGUGCCUGGAGUUAGGGCUGAGCGUUUCUCAGAGGCGAUGAAAAUCCGCCACUGUGCCUUGUCAUUGGUCGGAGAACCAAUCUUCUACCCUCACAUCAAUGAGUUCUUGGAGAUGCUGCACGGCGAACGCAUAAGCAGCUUUCUUGUCUGCAACGCGCAGCACCCGGACCAGCUUGCUGCUUUGAAGCACGUCACUCAGCUGUACGUCAGCAUAGAUGCGAGCAACAGGGAAUCGCUGCGCAAAAUCGACAGGCCGCUGCAUAGGGACUUCUGGGAACGUUUCCAGCGGUGCCUGGAAAUCCUACGGGAGAAGAGGUUCAAGCAACGGACUGUUUUCCGACUCACUUUAGUGAAGGGGUUCAACAUCGAUGAUGAAGUGAAGGGAUAUGCAGACCUUGUGGAGAAGGCCCUGCCGUGUUUCGUGGAGGUCAAGGGCGUGACGUAUUGCGGUACGUCAACUUCCUCCAGUGCGGGCCUGUCGAUGGCGAAUGUACCGUUUUACGAUGAGGUAUGCGAGUUUGUGACAGCGCUCGAUGGUGAACUCAAUCGCCGGGGUCUUCAGUACGGGAUCGCCGCAGAGCAUGCCCAUAGUUGUUGUAUUCUGCUGGGAAGCGACCGUUUCAGAGUGGAUGGGAAAUGGCACACUCAGAUCGACUACGCUCGAUACUUUGAGCUGCUCGAGGAAAGGGGGCCAGACGGAGAGUUUAGUCCAGAGGACUACAUGGGCGAAGAGACGCCCGAGUGGGCCACUUGGGGCAAUGGUGGUUUCGACCCAAGGGAUCAAAGGGUUGAUAGGAAGGGCAGGCCGAUCGACAUUUGA